AUGCCAGUUCUUGCUUUCAUUCCAGACCUACGCCAGCUGCCUCUCUACCUGCUGCGCCUGGUGCAGGAUGUUGACUGGAAUGAGGAGGCUGCCUGUUUCGAGGGCAUCUGUCGUCUGACUGCUAACUUUUACGCGCGCCGCACAGAAGACUCGCACCCCUCCGGCGUUAAGAAGGACUCGGAGGACGCUGACGCCUGCUGUACCUCUGACGAAGAAGUAGUCGCCAUGGAGGAGGACGAAAAAGAGAAUGUCACCUCACCCCCGGCAUCGGAUCGUCGACGUUUAAAGCUACCCUGGCAGUGGACUGUGGAGAAUGUUUUGCUACCGGCCUUUAGAACAGUGCUUCUGCCCUCCCGUAGCCUCUGUUUUCACGAGGGUUCUGCGCCUUCACCAGCUCUGCUUAAACUUACUUCCCUCAAUGAUCUCUAUAAGGUCUUUGAACGCUGUUAA